GCGUGCGCGACCUGACCGAAUUCCCCCUCCCCCGCCCCACCCCAAACCCUAGCCCGCCCGCCCGCCCGCCGGGCCCCCGGCGCCGAUGCCGAGGCGGCUCCUGGAGGGCGCCAUGGCGCUGGCGGUGACGCCGGACGCCGCCAACUCGUCGGGCUCCGGCGCCGCCCCCGGGUCGGGGCCCCUGUGGUGGGUGUCCGACUGCCACGGGGCCUGGUACAGCCUGGCGGUGAUGCUGCCGUCGCUGGCCUUCGUCGGGUUCCUGGCGUGGCAGGCCCGCCGCAGCUUCCGCCGGCUCAGCUACGGCCGCUCCCACGUCGUCGUCGUCGCCUACUACGCGCUCCUCUGGGCCGUCGCCCUCCUCAACCUCCUCUGGUGCUUCCUCCAGGCGUGGCAGUGUAUGCCUGAUAGGGCCUUCUCAUGGAAUGUGCUUUCAUUGUUUACCAAAUCUGGAAUGUUAUUCUUGGAAGUUAGUCUUAUAGCAUUUCUACUUCAAGGAAAUGAAGCCAGUGGUUAUGAGUCUCUGGGACGUACCUUUGUUAUCUCUGGUGCUGUAGUUAGUGCUGAUGUAUUGCUCAAGACCAUAUAUGUAUUCGGAUUUGGUGUUCCUUUGUUUAUCGAUGCUGACCAAGGAACUGGUGGGAAAUGGGGCCUAUGGAUUAUCCACAAAUUGGUGCUUACUGGAGUCUAUGGCUUGAUUGUUUUCAUGCAUCACUCAAGGUGGAAAGACAGGCUACCUGCAAAACCAGCAUAUUACCAGUAUGUGUGUGCAAUGCUGGCACUUAACGGCCUAUCGCUGUUUGGCUGUUUCCUCAUUGCAUGUGGAGCUGGAUUUGGUUUAUGGCUGUAUAACCUCACAACUGUCUGUUACCAUGCGCUUUACCUUCCACUUCUGUAUGUGACUUUCUUAGCAGACUUUUUCCAGGAGGAAGAUAUGCUUCUAGAGAAUGUAUACUACUCCGAGAUGAAAGACGCCGGGUUCUUUGAUGCUGACUGGGAUUAAACCUGCCUGCAGAUUCCGUUCCACGCUGUAUGACUUAUUCGUAUGUGAAUUUGCACGGAGUAGCUUCAUCCUGGAAACUGAAUGAAUCUUAGAACAGAGAUUGUACCCUAACAAGCAACAACCAUUAUAAUUAAUGAAAAUGUGUAAAUUUAUUGAUACA